AUGCCCCCCAGACGAACCCACCAUAAAUCUCGACAUGGCUGCCUCAGCUGCAAGAAAAAGCGCGUCAAGUGCGGCGAGGAACGGCCGUCAUGCGUGUACUGUGCAGAACGUGGUCUAGUCUGCGAAUAUGCAUCUGUGGCGCCACUGGCAUGGCACUCGUGGAAUAUCAAGUUACACUCGAAAGACCAGUCGCUAGGCCCAUUACCCGAUACAACCGGGAACGAGGGCAACAGCACUGUCUCACGAGACAAUCUCCAAGACCAAGAACUCAUGAUGCAAUGGUGUACCUCGACCUACCGCUCACUAUCCCGGAACACGUCGCUCGAAUGGAUCUGGCAGUAUACCAUUCCGCGAGAAUCAUUUCAACAUGCGUUUCUCAAUCAUGGCAUUCUGUCUUUAUCAGCGCUUCAUCUAGCCAUCACCAGCCACAAAGACCAACGUGAGAGAUAUCUAAAAGCAGCACAACAUCACCACACCCACGCCGUUCCAGGGCUUCUACACGCAGUCGGCGAGCUGCACCAGAACAACAGUAACGCCAUCUACGCCGCCUCGAAUGUGAUGAUUAUUUUCGCCUUUGCAUUCCCGUUAAUCGUACAGCCCUGCCAGCCAGGCACGGCACUCGACGAUCUGUUCCAGGUAUUCCACGUCGUGCGCAGCUCAAUGGCCGUUCUCCAGGAAAUGAUCGAUUGGGUUCGAUCAGGGAUACUCAGUCCCCUAAUGAGUAAACAGGAAGACACCACAGCCCUCUCCCCCGAGUUAGAAAACGUCAUACACACCCUCAAAAAAACAAACUCCACUCUAAACCACUCCGACGCAGCAUCCGACGCAGCCAUCGAGCAGCUCAGACCAGCAUUGGGCAACAUGCUCAAAGACGAAGGGGCCACGAUGACCGUGUUCCUGUGGGUCUUUGCGAUCCCCGCCCCAUUUGUGGAGAUGCUGAGGGCGCGACGGCCCUUUGCGAUGGUGAUUCUGGCCCAUUAUGCGGUGGUCAUGUACCAUCUGCGCCGGUUCUGGUGGAUGGGGGAUUGGGGGAGGAGAGUGUGUGAGGAGAUUUACGAUAGUUUGGAGCCGGAAUGGCGAGCGCGAGUUGUUUGGGUUGUUGAUAUAAUUAAAACUGGAGCAUAGGGCACAACCAUGCUGGUGAUCCGGGUGCUAAAAGGGAGAUGCUCCACUGAUGUAUUUGUAUUUAUUGCAUCAACCCCAAAAAUGGGCGAGCCUAAACGGGCAUGAUCCGAGCUACUAGUGAAAAUUACAAAUAAAUGCAAG